AUGUUUGCCGCAUUGACUUGGCUACUUGCACUACCAGCCCUUCUUCAACCUGUAGCGUCAUGGGGAAAUAACAAGUCUCCUUCAAAGAACGCGGUCCUUCUAUCAGACGUCCAAACCCUCACUUUCCAUGCGAAUCGCAAAACUACUCACCGUCGCGUCUCCGCAAUACCCCAGCUCAACUGUGUUGGGCCAUCCAAAGAGAUAUGCUCCCUCUACAAGCCAGAUGUCAUCCGAUGUACCAAUGCAGGAUACGACUAUGAUGAAAAUGACGUGCAAUGGACCUGUACGGCGCAACUCCCUCCGGAAUUCAAGCUCGGAGGUACAGAUGUAGUUUGUGAAGGCUAUCGAAACUCCAACGACCCAUGGAUUCUAAAGGGGAGUUGUGGCGUGGAGUACAGGCUCUUACUUACUAGUAUGGGGGAAAAGCGGUACGGCCAUAUACCCCAUGAUAGAGACGGCUAUGGUGAAUCGAUAUGGUCUACCCUUAUCCGGAUGGCUACUUUUUUUGGCCUAUUCAUGGUCGUGGUUAAACUCCUUCAAUACUGCACCGGUGCACAGAGCCAAGGACGGGGAAGGAAUGGUGCAGGAGGAGGUGGUGGAGGAGGCUGGGGCGGCGGUUGGUGGCCUCCAGGGCCCCCGCCUCCAUACGACUAUCAGCAGCCCAGAUGUGCGAAGGACGACUGGCAAUCAUGGAGACCUGGUUUCUGGACCGGUGCUUUGGGUGGUACUGCUGCAGGAUAUGCUAUGGGGAGAGGCUCACGAAGAGGAGGAGAUAAUAGCUUUAGAUCUGGCAGCAAUAAUGCUGCACCAGGACCUUCUUUUUCCUCGUCGACAAGAGAAAGCACUGGGUUUGGUGGUACAAGGCGACGCUGA